AUGGCCAUUCGUAUCAUCAUGACUGGUGUUGCCAAAGCCUUCCAGCAAGAAGUGGCGGGGCAGAUUCGCCGGAGUCCAGUGCACGAGCUCCCCAAGGUGCUCUCCGAUCUCGGUGGCGCCGUCUCUUUGGACUUCUUCAAUCUCCUCACGGCGCUGCAACGCGCGGCAAAGGGCACCGGCAAGGAUUCGCAGGCCGAGCAGAUGGCAAGAGAGCUCGUGAGCACCAUGACCAGGCGCCUCGUGGGCACGGAGGAAGGCCCACGGGGGAAUCCCGUGCCCAGGCUCGCAUGGCUCGCUCGGGCGGCCUGGGCCGCAGCACGACUGGCGCAUGAGCCCAAGCUGCGAGACUCCGCUCUGGAGUUGCUCUCGGAGGUGGAGAGAACGGCGGUGCGAGUUUUGACUUCAGCUCCCGAAGGGAAGGUCGAGCCCAGGGAUGCAGCGCAGCUCCUUUGGGCGAUGGCGACCUGGCACGUGGCUUGCCCAAGCUUGCUGCAGAGCUUGUCGCCGCAGCUACGCCGCCAGAGAUCCGAUGCUUGGGCACCGCAGGACACCUCGAAUUUGCUGUGGGCCAUGGGCCGCCUUGGCGGGGACGCGGAUGUCGUGGAGGCGCUGGUCUCGGCCGCCGCGGCCCAAGGGAUGCAGAUGGAGGUCCAGGGCCUCUGCGCCGCACUCACGGCCUGCGCGCAGCGCUUUCGGGGAUCGAUCUCGGAAGACUGGCCGAAAGGCCUGGAGACCCUCGUUCGGGCAGCAUCCGACAGAGUGGAGAAGGAGGCUUUACUGCAGGACUCUGCUGGGCAGCUUCCACACGGCCAGGCGACAGGGCGCUGGAGGCCAGCAGAGUUGGUCCAGGUGCUUUGGGCUUUGGCCGCCCUUGGCGUGGAGUCUCCACCUGCCGCCGAAGCGCUUCGACGCCGGGGCUGGGAGACCCUGUCGGCACGAGACCUCUCCCUGGUGGCGUGGAGCUUUGCUGCCACGAGCAUGAUGGACCCAAGAGACUUGGAGGCGAUUGCGAAGGCUGCUACUCCAAAGAUACAAGACUUCGACGCUCAAGGUCUCUCCAACCUUUGUUGGGCCCUGGGAUGUGCCAAAGUUGCCGACCGGGCUCUUUUCACGGAAGUGGGGAAGACGGUGCAGCUUGGAGGCCGCGCGGCCUACUCUGCGCAACAGAUGGCUAACAUAUGCUGGUCGUACGCCACCCAGGCCUUCCUCCACCGCCCGCUCUUUCAAGAGGCGGCGAGCUUCGCCCACGCGAGCCCGGAGAGCUUCCGGUCGGAGGAGCUAUCGGCCCUUGUUUGGUCCAUGGCGACGCUGGCUUUGCCUUGGGAGGGGCUGGCAAAGGUCGUGCGGAAGGCGCUGCCCAGCGUGUCGGCCAGGGAGGGUGCGAACCUUGCCUGGGCUUGUGCAGUUCUCGGAGAGCACCGCGAGGAUGUGCUCCGGAAGACAGCCAACCUGCUGCAGGCCGACGGCGAGUCGGCGCAGGAACUGCAUCUGGGGCAGUGGUAUCUGGCCUACUUGGCCUACACUUUAGAGACCCCGCCGGGUCAAGGCCCCUCCUUCUCAGCGGCAUGGCUCGAGCGCUGCCGGGUUGCGGCUCAGCGGCGGGCAACGACGCAAGGGGCAGCGUCAUCCCGGUUGCACAGCUCUGUCUCGGAAGAGGUGCGGAGGUGUCUCCGGUCUGAGCCUGUUGUGGAUGAGUUGGUCGUCGAGCAGUGCCUGGCCGUGGACAUCGCCCUUCCGGGCCGGCGACUGGCCAUCGAGGUGGAUGGACCUGUGCAUUUUGCCCGGGACGUGGAGAGCGAGGCGCUCUCGCUCUUGGGGCCCUCCAGGCUGAAGCGACGGCUGCUGACACAUCUGGGGUGGCAGGUGGUUUCUGUGGAGUGGCGCGACUGGGAUGGCUUGGACCGGGCUGGGCGCCGAAGCCUCGUGGAGAACCUGCUCCGUCCAG